GACAUAAAAAUUCUCUGCUCUGCUUCUCCUUUCUGGCCUUUCCCUCUCUUCCUCUUUCCAUUGCAUCGCCUUCGAUCCUCUGCAACACCGCGAGGGAGAGUGUGAGGUGGGAAGUCGCUCUGCAGCUCAGAUCUCCGAUGGAGCAUCCGAAAAUCCAAGAGAUUGUGGAGCAGCAGGUUCUCACGGUGGCCAAGGCCAUGGAGGACAAGCUGGACGAUGAGAUUUCCGCCCUAGAUCGGCUCGACCUCGACGAUCUGGAGGCGCUGAGGGAGAGGCGGCUGCAGCAGAUGAAGAAGAUGGCCGAGAAGCGGAGCCGCUGGAUCUCCCUCGGCCAUGGGGAGUACUCGGAAAUCCCCACCGAGAAGGAGUUCUUCUCUGUAGUCAAGGCGAGCGAUCGCGUCGUGUGUCACUUUUACCGCGAUAACUGGCCCUGCAAGGUGAUGGAUAAGCACUUGAGCAUACUGGCGAAGCAGCACAUUGAGACACGCUUCGUGAAAAUUCACGCUGAGAAAAGCCCUUUCUUGGCGGAGAAACUGAAGAUUGUCGUUCUCCCAACCCUAGCCCUCAUCAAGAAUGCUAAAGUGGACGAUUACGUGGUGGGAUUCGAUGAGCUUGGCAGGACGGAUGAAUUUAGCACGGAGGAUUUGGAGGAGAGGUUGGCUAAAGCUCAAGUUAUCUUCUUUGAGGGUGAAUCAUCAUUUGCCUCAAAGUCUAGAGCGCAGACCAGGAGUGUUCGACAGAGCUCAAAUGCAGACUCUUCUGACUCAGACUAACUGGCCCCACCUGCAUUUCGAGAGAGACUGCAAUUUAGUAAUUUACCAUUGGCCAGAUAUCAAGUGAUAAGCAUAUUAUUCCCCUUGUAGAAGCGUCAAGUCGAUAGAGUUGUAGUGAAGUAUCUCUCUUUUUUGGGUGAAAUCAGAUUAUUAUGCCAUUCUCUUCGAGUUUUCCAGUCGAUAGUGUUACAAAAGAAAAUCUCACAAUCUACAGGGACCUCCACCUAUCUACCGGUUAAGAAUCGUACUUCUUGAUUCAUAAUA